AUGGAUUGGAAAGAUGAAGAAGACUUAAAUUUCACCGAAUUUGACGAUGGAAGAACAAUAAGUGGCCGUGAAGAGCUCGUCGACCAAAAUAGAAACCAAUAUGGUCUACAUUUUGUGCUUGAUUUGGUUUUAGUGCUGUGUGGAGUUUUGGAAAACGUUUUUGUCUGUUGGAUAUUGAUUCGCAAGAAGAGGAAAUGUUUCAAAAGCUUUUCCAACUUUCAUUUAUUGAAUCUGGCCAUUACAGAUAUUCUCUUUCGAGCCGUUUCUGUUCCGGAAUUGCUGCCAGGAGAAAUUAUUGGCGGGAGCGACUUCAUAUGUAAAUUGAUCGACUUCAGUAGACACAUUACUUUGGCGGUAACAUUUGCUAUUCUGGCCGGAAUAUCAUUUGAUCGAUACAUUCACAUUGUUCAUCCGUUUAGGGCCAGGACAAUUACAUGGAAACACAGUAGAAAUGUGAUGGUACUCUCGUGGGUUUGCGGAGGGCUUUUGUCUGCGCCAUUUUUGAGCAGCACAGUGUGGACUGUUGAAGUAAACGAGGAAACUAUGGACAAAUUUGGGAACUGCGUUGACAAACAUGGCCUAUCGUUUCAGAUUUCCUUAGCUGUAUUCCUUUUUGGUGCGUUCAUCGUUCCCUUGGUUUUCAUGGGAUUUGUUUACAGUAGAAUUGUGAUUGUCCUAUGGCGUCGGGAUCGUUCCAAGAUAUCUAACAAAAACAUGAUCAAGACCAAACUUCGAGUCGUCAAAAUGAUGGUGUUGAUUGUCCUUACAUAUUUCAUUACAUGGGGUCCAUAUCUUAUUGUUAGAACUGUGAUAGUUUUUUUUUCUCUCGAGGGAAGAAAUUCUGAGGAAGUUGAGGGAGAAGGCUCGACAGAAUUACAGUCAGAUAACGAGGAACUAUAUGAGUCAUUACAAUUAUUUGAGGGCAUAUCUGACCCGUUGACAUUGAUGAGUUCCAUUUUAAACCCCCUGAUAUUUAGCUUUUACAACGCGAGCUUUAAAGAGGAAGUAUACAACAUUUUUCGUGGAAUGAAAGGCGCGAAAGUUUUUGGGAAACGUAAACACAUCGUUGUGCCUUUAGCCGAGCAAACUCGUGAUACCACGACGUAG